AGAAAUAGCUACGACGAGAUAUGGUUGGAGGGUGUUUAUUUGGUUGCCGAUGAUAACAAAUAUUCUUUUUUUUUGAUGUUGCAGUAGACGGGAAUGAAGGUGGCGAUAAUAUACCUGAAAGGGACUACGGUCCUAAUAAUCCUAUUCGUGAACCUAAAUCGUUUGAGACGAUCAAAACAGAGGACUUGGCUAGCGGUGAUCACGAUGCAGUAGUUAUAAAAUCGAAUAGUGAGGGCAACAAAAAUGCAAAGAAUAUUGUCGGAAAGGUUACCGGUUCAAAGAGUAAUCCUGAAACAACAAUCGAAUAUAAAAAUGAAAAUUUCCUGGAGAGCAAAUCCAGUGAGACUUUAACCGUAGAGACUUGCAAAAAUAUUGCAACAAAAGAAGAACUGUCUAAAUUCAAAGUUGUACUAAGACCGGUAAUAUGUCCCGUAUCAAACUGUUCCAAAAUGGUGACAAUCAAUACGAUCACGCUACAUUUCCAUUUUGACCACUCCAAGGUGCCAAGAAUAGUUAGUUAUGGAUGAAAAUGAACCCCAAGAAGUUUUAUUAAAGCCCGGUAGCGUCACAACUGAAAUACAAUGUAUAGCUACUUAUUUUAUCAAAAAUGACAGUGCAUCUAAAGAAGAUAAGUUAUUACUUCUUAUGGCAGUAAAAUUGCAGACGACGCCCUCAAAAUUACCAAGCAUAAAAUAUGUCUCUUCACGAAUAUUCACAAGAAGCAUUCACACACAAACUGAAAAGCAGCAAAAGAAUAAUAACGUGGACAAAGUGGUGAAUGCUGAAUGUUUGAGUAAAGCUAACAGUCAGAAAUCUUGUAAAAGUAAGGCGAUAUGUGAUGAUGAUGAGGACAUUUUAUUGCUAUGGUUAUGCAAGUUAGACGAUGAAGAAAAUGUGUACAGUAUAACUGUGAUGGGACAAAAUCCAAAGCGAGGCUACAGUUACAUAGGCAACGCGACCCACAUUAGAGAAAAGCAAGACCCAUCAUCUCUUCAUGACAAAUCUGAGUGUCUCAUAGUGAAGAGAUCAGCUAUUAGUAGUCUUUGUAAAGUCAGUAACCAGAUUCCAGUUAUUGUAAGAAUCGUAAAUUGAUAAAUAAAAUACAUGUAAACCAUAAACACGUUUUAUUUGUA